AUGGGUCCCUCGUCAGGUCAUCAUUAUCCCGAUGACGUCAACCUCAAGGUCAUGAUGGGGUACCCCGCCGCUAGCCGUGACUACAGCCACCACCACCACCACGCGCCACCACCACCCCAAUUCCAAAGCCCUCAUUCCGGCACGUACGUGUACAACGCCUACGGCCAGCCGAUGACCAACGACGACUACUACAAGUUCGAGGAAGCCGAGCGGGAGCGACGCGCCGCCUCCGUCCGGCGCUUGGUCCUCCUUCUAGCGGUGAUUUUGUUCUGCGGCAUGAUGGUGGCGGCGUGGCUCCUGUGCACGGUGUACGCGCCGGAGUUCUCAGUGGCGUCGCUCAAAGUGUCCAACUUCAGCGCCACGAACACGAGCCUGACGGGGACAUGGGAAGCCGAGCUGUCCAUCCAUAACUGGGACAAGGGCAUAACCGUCCAAUUCAACAGCGUGGUUUCAUCCCUCUUCUAUCAAGAAGCUCUGCUGGCCAUGGAAUCGCCACCUUCUUUCCAAGUCCCGCAGAUGGAGAGAUACGCAUUGAAGUUCAACCUGUCCGUCUUGAAUAACGGCGAUUCCGGUUUAAACGCCACCGUCCCGCCGGGGCUGCUCCAGGAGCUGGACACGGGGACGGUGGUGUUCGGGCUGAGGGUGGCGAUGGAGGCUGUUUUCCAGACCUCCGGCGGGGUCCUAAGUCGAGAUCAUAUCCAAAUAUUCUGUGGGAAUAUGGCGAUCGUAUUUUCGUCUCAUGAUCAAGGCUCAUUGGCCCCGGGAUUGGGGAAUACAUGUUUGAUGAGCAUACACAGGGAGUGA